AUGACUCCCAACCCCACCGGUUUCAACGUCAACGAGUUCAAGGCCGCCGCCAACCCGCGGUCAAUCUGGGCUAAGCGGGAUCCCUGGGCUCGAUACGAGGCGUGGAGGUACACCGGACCAUUCAGCCGCUUCCAGCGAUUCAAGAACAUCUUCCCUGGCUUCGGCAUCGCCAGCGUUGCGUUCGCAGGCUACUGCGCUUACGAGUACUUCUUCAUCAAGGACGACCACCACCACGGCGAUGGCCACCACUGA